AUGGCACUUCGUGACGCAACUCAGGUGGUCCCGGAGCCCAAGCUCUUGGACGACUUGUUGUCUAAGACCAAGUACUGUGAUCCGGAUCCGGAGGUGGGUCAAGCUUUCUGGGUCGGCUGCCCUAAGAUGCCCAUUCAGCGCAACAUCAACCUCUUCUCUCUCAAGAACGGAGCUGACUUGGAACAGUCCGACAUCGUGUACGUCAACGUCAAUCUUUGCUUUUUGUCGUUAUAUUGUCGUCCUCUACAACUGUGUUAGUUUUAGUUGUAUCCCUCCAUCCAAUUUAUUGUCGUCCACUGUGUGUUGUUAGUGUCUGUGUUACUUUUGAUGAACACCUACAAGUUUUUUCUAAGGUCAAAAACAACAUUUGUUCUUGCCUCAAGUAGAAGAUCUUUCUGCUAUUGCUCCAUCAUGGACGAUGUUCUUAGUAGAUGGACUAGAUGAAGACGAACAACGAGAACUCACUUGUCUCUCGUUAAUAAUAUAUUUGAUUUUUAGGUACUGCUGCGGUGCCUGCGUGUGGCUGGAACCUCCGUACCAUGGUACCUGCCGCAUGCCGGUCACUAAGAAGCCGCCCACUGAUUACGGUGAGAAGCAGACCGACCAGGAUGUCUUCUGGGUCACCUACAUGGACUACACCUACGUCGAUCCGAUGAAGCGCUACUGCUUGGUCAAGGUCGGCGACGAGCUGAUGUACUUCCGCGUCUGGCUCGCUCACAAGUUCGGAAAGAUGUUCAACGGGUACUUCUACUUGUUUCUUUUUCUGGAAUUAUUUCUAGAAUGAAAGAAAAUUCUAUCCAUUUUUUUUUUAGAUACUACGUACACAAGAAAAUGAAAAAUGUCUCAUCUUCAUCUUAAUGAUGAAUCACUUAAUAAAUAAGAUCUAUAUUGAAAUUAGAUAAUCAAUCUUCUUCUGCUUAAGCUCCUGCUCCUGCUCAUAAUUCAGAUACGACAACGCUGCUGAUACUACUUGGUGGUACAAGUUUUACAUGUACUUGGAUACCGAUAAGUCCAACUCCGUCGACAUGGAGGAGUUUCAGGUCGGCCUGACCAAGCUCGGCUACCCGGUCGCCCGCAACGUUCACGCGGAAGAAAACAACAACCGCCGUGGUCGCUUGCUCCAGCUCCUGGAUACCGAUGGAUCCGGUGACUUGUCUUUCGAAGAGUUCGCGGACGUGCUCGAAAUCAACCCCAAGGCCGUGCUGGAAAAGGUCUCCGAGUUCAAGAUGGACAAGAAGUGGGACGACCUGCAGGACCGCAUCAAGAAGGCACGCUUCAAAGACGAAGAGUCCUACGUAAACGGACGAUACUCUAUGCGACAGGUACAACUACUUCUUGUAACUCAUGUACUAGAAGAGGAUGACUUCAUCAUAUGUAUCGGGUGUGCUUCUAUACUAGGAAUUUUUUAGCGAUUUUCAAGCAAUGUUAACGAGAUUUUUAUCAUUAAAUACUACAAGCAUAGACGAGUUACCAGUAGUACUUCUCUUGUAGUUCUUCAAAUGAAUAUUUACAUCUUCUUCAUCUUCAUUGAUUUGUUUCCGAUUCGGUUGAAAACAACAGGCCUACGACAAUAUGCUUCGAUUCCGUAACGAGAAGCGUCGUUUCAAGAAGAACACCGAGUCUCAGCGCAGUCUCGACAAGUUGUACCCGGAUUCUAAUAAGGCAGCGAAGAAUCGCGCCAAGUCUGCUGAUGCUGCUGCCUCAAAGGCGACGAAGAAAGGCAAGCUUCCGGAUAUGUACACCCAGCACCCAACGGUACUAUUAGCUAUUGCUGAUUUUUCAGUACGUGCUUCGUCCGUGGAGAUGAUAGCAUUUUGUUUAUUUCUGUUCUUUCAUACAACUUCUUUUGGUUUUAAUUGAUUAUGGCGUUGACUCCCGUCCCCGUGGUUAGUAUCUUAACGACGGAGGCACGCGCAGUUGGUUGAGACCAGUUCGUGACCUCAUCGAUCUUUGUGGUCAUCGUCCUUUUGCUCAUCCUCUUCCCUUGUUAAAACGAAACAGAUGUGGUCGUGCCGUCAGGGUAUUGCCGGUCGUGAUUUGAAGCAUGUGCACCCGAACUUCCGCGAGUACUUCGACUCCCCGGGUACGAUGACUUCCGACAAGGAGAUCAAGGAGCAGUUGGAGCGUGACAUGUACCCACCAGCACCGCGUAUCGCGAUGAAGGACGAGCUCCGAAUGAUGCGCGAGCACUUGUUGGAGGAAUUUUCGGCUGACAGCUUCGAAAACAAGGACGUCAUGCAACGCAUCUUCGCAAAGCUCGACGCAAAUGGCAACGGAUCUGUCUCUAAGGAAGAGAUGGUCCAGGUAUAGAAAAAAGCCACUUCUAGUACGGACAAGAGUAUUUUGAUUUUUAGAAAUCACAAUCGUCUUCGUCGAAUACUGAAUUCAGAGUGCAGCCACAAGAUGUUGAAGAGUUGUGAUAGGUAACAAGAAUCAGAAUGAAGAUAGACCACAAGAACUGGCCUUGAACUACACCUGCCUCAACCUACCUGAACAGGGCUUGCGUGAGUUGCACUACCCGAAGGGACCGACCACGAUCACUACGCGCCGACGCCGUGAGCGAAUCUUUCAUCAUAUGGACGCAGAUGCUUCCGGUGACUUGGAAAUCGAGGAAAUUGGCGCAAUUAUGAGAGGUGUGGGUCCGCGCGCGCUUGUGGACGAGUCGACCGAUUUGGCAAUCGCAGGGUCAGCACGUGGCUUGCACAAACUGAAGAACACGCAGUCAGGGCCAGGCGUUAAGCUCCCGCCAAUCUCCAGGUAAUUGACAAUGAAUCCUGCUCAAGAAGAUGAAAAUACUACAGCACGACUGCAUUUUGCGUGCUGUAGAAUAGAGAACUUCUUAAAAAUUUAACAUCCCCUUGCUUUCUUCACUGGAUUUAAUGUUAACUAUCCUCGUGAUGGUGAUCCCCGCCCAAAUACCGUGCGAAGAUUUUUCAGUUUGUUGCGCAUUUCGGUUUUACACUACAAGCAAGUCUUGAUGAUAUAAUGAACAGUAUAGAUAUAAAAUUCAAAUCGUUUUACAGUGCUGAAGAAGAUGAUCGUCUUAUCUAGAAAAUCCAAGAUGAAAUGUUGUGAUCACAAAAAUAGCGGCACAGAUACUUCUUAUGAAAAACAAAGCAACAUGUACUAAAACUUGUACAGGAGCAGAAUAACGUACCAUAAUGUGAUAUCGAUUUUUCAGUCGUGUCCUCUAAUGGUUCUUUUUCUGUGUUUUGUAUAGGAAACGAAGCUAGCGGAAGUAGAAGACGAGGCAACAUCUAACAUACCGAAAUUACACGACAAUACAUCAUAUCAUAAACUAUCAACUACAUAAGAGGUAGAUUUUAUUGUGAUAUCAUAGAUUGAAAGACGGGCACAUCAUGAGAAGAAAAACAGUCGGAUGUUUUUCUACACAUGAAUAUCGACGAUAAUUAGUGAUCAUACUAUAAAAAUGAUUCAUUAUUCUCUGGUUCAUCUUGUGCUAAUAUAUUCGUUAAAAAAAUUGGUGAAAUAGAAUACGAAGAUUAGCGCUAACCAUCCCCUAAUUUGUCUUAUGGUCUGAAGAAGCAUUGCGCUUUGAUGUUUGUGCUGCUAGUUGUAACGCGCCGCAGGUGGGUCGUUUUGCUUCUUUAUUUUGUAACUUGAUUUAUUCAUUUUUGGAUGUUAGUUUUGAUGCAGCACACAUAACUCACUUCUUCAAAGAUUAGUCAGGUGACUGAGCGUGUGCUUAGAGUUAGUACGUAAUUAGUGGAAACACUAUGCAGAAGUCCCGAUGAAGGACAACAUAAGGAAGUGAUACCUAAUUAAAGAGAAGGCUUUUGCCCCAUUGAUGAUUCAUUCGGUCUCGCAUUGCACACUUCGCGCCACCGCCUGCUUAGUUACAACUUUCUUGGAAGACAGUGCCAAUUCUAUCAGAUUCGUUUAGUAGAGCUUCCAGCAUCAAACCCAAUGUAGACCUGCUGUGUGUCACGCACACCCACUUUUAUUGAGUCGUAGUUUGUGCACGUGCAGAUAUAAUUGAUAUUCAUGAUUAGGACAUAUUAGAAAUGGUUAUACAUAGGAUGAAAUUAUAGAUCGAAAGAGUAGAAAUUCAAAGUGAACAGGAAUAUCUAACAAGGAUUAACGUGUAGGAGAGAAAUAUUUGGAAGUGUUUAUCUUGAUAGAAACGAAAGGAAAAAAUCUGAAAGUAAGAAUGUCAUGCAAAUUAACAUUGAAAGUAUUGAAUCAAACCAACAGAUGCGGUUAUCGUGGAUGAAACAGAAGGUGCUAGCAUAAGAAAUACAACAAAAUGAAAAGAACAGUUUCUUUUCAGAGAAACACGUGGCUCUGUUUUCGGCGUACCCUGGAUAGGAGGUUUGCUUGUUCUUCAGGAAAGUGUCAUUUGAUUGUGGUGCUUUCUUUUCGCCUGCGGGCGUGUCUUC